UAGGAAAUCUAUGAGCGCGCGAUAGUCAUCGCGAUUCGUGGAAUAACGGUGAAUUCGAUCGUUGGUGAUUCGCAUAAAUUUCUCAAUGUUUCUCUCCCAGCAUCCGUAUCCGCUCAUGUUGUCACGUAGAAACGCGACACAGAGGCAUUAACCUAAGUCAUCGGAAAGAGAAUGUACGACAAACAGCGACGAUCAGUAUAGGUUAUGUUACAUUAAUACACGAUAGAGGCGGAACAGUCUUUGUCAUCGCCGUCGCGGUCGAGGCAGCAAGUUUGUCCUUUGUCCGCCGCGGAGCACGUUCCUCCUUACGGUGCAUUACGGUAUCAUCUAAAAUUAGUCGAUUCUCCGCGCGGCGUGCGGAACGCGCUGUAUUCGCGCGAGCGUGUCGGCGUAUUCAGGGAUUUUUCGUGUCCAAGAACUGGCCGUGUGUGCGCUGGUCGCCAUUUUGCUUCCCCCGCACGUCUGACAUGUCUUUCUAAUGUUAUUAUCGACGAAUGUUGAAAUUUGUGGGUGAAACUCCGUUGUAACGUAACGAGCGGCUCUCUCACGGGGAAAAGAUCGGGCCGAGUCUGAUUGGUCGACGGGCAUAGGUCACCGUCACCGUCGUCCCAGCAGCAAUUUCCAUUGUUCCAACCUCGGACCGAGCGAGACACGGGACCGAUCUACACGGAGCCAGGCCCACCAGGUUCGCGUUUACGAGCCGUCGUCGAGGGCAAGUAUGUCGUGAGAUUCAUCUGAGGAGCUCGUCUGGCUACGCAGCUGAGAACCACGUCGCGAUAUCACGCAAGGUGUCCCGUUGUCGAUGUGACGAGCGAACCUAACCACAAACACGCACACCUUCGAUCGGCGACGUGUAUGCGCUCUUGUGUCAACAGUGGACAGAUCUCGCUCAAUGAUAUGGCUCUGGACCCGCGGAUAUCGAUACGCAAUCUACCAGUUACCGACGUUUCUACGCACCAACGCGCGACGCAGUUGCUCAAACAUGUGUAGGGCAUGUUCGGUGUAGACUGCUACUAUGCGAGGUAGAACAGGUCUGGACAGAAGCAGCAAUCAAUGAAGGUCCUCAUUUCCGAAAACUCAAACAUGGACAAUAAAUUGAAGUUUUCGGAGCGUUUGAAGGCUUUGCUGAAAACCGAGGCUCAUCAAGAUGUAGAUCCGUACAUUUUUAGUGAACCAGAACCGUUCUCUACGGCGGCAGGGAGAAAUGUCGCGGUACAGCAAAUCCCGGCGACAAAUUCGACAGUGAUGCAAAGUUGUAAGAACAGCAAGUCGUCCAAGGGGAAAUGCAUGAAGCAGAAGACGAGGAUAGCGCCGGUGGCGAACGCGGGCUACUGCACGACUGUCGGAGUCAAUACCGUGACAGAAGCGGAUGUCGGGGCCGAGGUCGGAGGCGAGAGUCUCGAUCGCAAAUUUUCAAGUUUGGUUCAGCAUAAGCAGCGACACAUCGAGAAUCUGCAGAGACUAAGAUCCAGGAGGCAAAAUCGGGACCAUACUUUGUUGUAUUAUCCUAAAGCUGGGGACGAGAUAUCCGACAGUGAGUCGAGCGGAGAUGAGAUGAUGAUCUAUCAGCGUCACUGGUUCCCCGGUGAAUUCCCCACGACGUUGAAUCGCGCAGCUCGGCUGUCCCAGGUGCGCUCGCAACUACAACGACGGUUACUUCAGUUAGACACUGUCGGGCCGGAUGCCGAGGUUCUCUUGCGGCAUCGAGUCAAAUGUUUAUUAGAGGCCGCUUACAAAGAUCCCGCUUCUACCGCGAGGGCUUUGAGCGAUUCUCCGAGUACCAGCAAGGUGCUCGACGGACCACUAUUAGUCGGUGGACCAUGCGGAGCGGAAGGAUGCCAGCAAACAUCUCUGCCUUGUACCCGGCACUGUUCCCGCCACAUCAUGCUAAACGGAGAUCAGCUUCUAUUCGAGCAUUGCACUGCCAAAUUUAGUGACAACACACAAUGUUGUAUUCCUGUGUUUGACGUUGCACACGAAUUACCUCUUUGCCCGGAACAUGCCAGGAAAAGGGACAAUUACCACCGUAAAGCCCAAGAAUCCAAACCAAAGAAGGCCCGCAAAAAGCCAGCUUCACCCACCACCCCGCGGCCUAAGCCCAAAUCCAGGCCGAAGAAGCGCAAGCGGCCGCCCUCGAGCAACAAAAUAGAGACUAAGGCUUCUGCAUUGAUGCACGAGGAGAGUCAUUACAUGAGCCAAAUAAACUGUAGUGAAAAUCAUACGAAGACAUUAAAUAAUUUGAAUGUUCCACAGGGAAGUUCAAAUUCGUCUAACUUAAAUCUAGGGUUGGGAUUAGGCUCGCUCGGGCUGGGCGGCGGACUCAAAGUCGAGCUUGGAGAUCACGAAGUAUUCGCUUCUUUGGAUUCCGCUGAGCAUGACUUCGGCAAUGUGCUCAACAACUUACCCGCGGAUGCUUUUAACGACUUAUUUAUUGAGGGUAGGAACGGCGAAUACGAACCGUCGAGAGAGGAAGAGGAGGAAUUGGAGCGAGCCCUGGAAGAGGUUGAUAAAGACGUACGAAAUUUGGAGAGGAUAACGGGGCAAACGCAUGGACUUUUAGAGCCGGCGUUGCUCGCUCAGCUUAUGUCGGACAUUGCCUCGUAGCCCCACCAAUCUUAAAGUAAUAAUUUGGAGAUGAGUUCGCGUGUGUUCCUCAUAACGUAGAGACAAGUACUGUUCGUGUCUGUGCUGCUAAAAAUGUAAGAUUGUGUUAUAGACUGUCAUUAUAUAGCCUUGCAAAUUCGAGAUAAUGGCAGGGAUCGACAUACAGAAAGUAAAAGGAAAAAAAAAUGAAUCAGUAGCAAAAUUCUUAUGAAUUUAGUAUAAACAGCAUCGGAUACAGUACCACGGGUAGAUUUAUGUGAGACGAGUAGCGACAUAAAAAGCCGAAAAUUCCAUCCUUUUUGACAAAUAACCACGGGCGUUUUCUCUGUCAUCAUCAUAACACUUGCAAUACAUUUGUAGCUUAUUUGCGGACAUUCUGACUUGCACUCGAGAAAUUCACUUAGAAAAAUUGUUGUAGUCAUAAUAAUACAUGUGAUGAUUUUUAAGGAUACGGGAUGUACGACAAAAGGAGUAGAAGAAACGAACAAUGUUACACAAGUGGUUCGGGCUAGGUUCCAAUAUACACGAGAUAAAAGUACAUAAAUAUGUACUUUUAAUUUUUAUACGCGACUUGUUUUUACUAAAACGAAGAAGAACAGGAAUUAUCUAAAUUACGUUACUAAUAUAGCUCCCAUAUUUAUUGAAUUACACAUAAUGUCUAGCUAAUUGCCGAUUACUCGAAUAAUAGGUACAAGAGUAUUUUGUAUGACUGAUUUGUAAUGAUUUUAUCCGUUAUCUCACUUCUACUAUAGCGGUUGUAAAAUAGAAAUUCUGAUUUAUAAAUAUUUAGCUACCGAUUAAAGUGCAGAAUAACUCGGGCUUUGAGUAACGUAACAUUCGCGAAAGAUGAUUUGUGGCGUUCACAAUACAAUUUUAAAGUACCUUUCUCUCAUCAUUGGACGAAAUUGCCGUAGUCACAUUAUCCAUUCGCAAGAUUACUUUUACAAUGAGUGACAUUUGCGUUUCGAGAAGAAACGGAUGAUUCAAUGAGGAGUAUCUUACGCAGUAUCAUUUGUUACAAAAGAAAAAAAAUGCACCAUUCUAAUAAAACACAUUUUUCCACAAUUCGAUUAUCAUUGCAGAAAGAAGAAAAACCUUGUGCAUAGAAUAUAUUUAUACAAACACACGACUGAAUUUAUAAGAAAGACAUAUAGAUGUGUCUAUGAUACAUACAUACAUACAUUGCAUACAUACAUACGUAUGUGUAUGUGUGUGUAGAAAUAAUUAAUUUUUAUCGUCUGAUUGCUGCAAUAACACAGCUAAAAAUAAUCACAUAUAUAUUAUUAAUGAUACGUGCAUAAUGAUCGAUAUUGUCAGUUUUGUCCAUUCUGUAUUAUAUUCAUGUAGGCAAAAUGUUCAGCGACAAGUAGCUAUAAUAUUUAAGUGAAGAUGAAAAUUAACGAAAAAGAAGUGCCGAACGAAUUUUUAUUUUUCAACAUUGUUACUGAAUGCGCAACGUAAAGCUUUGCAACUUUAGUGAGAAGAUGACAUGCUACAUACACUGGCUAGGGGUUGAGGGGGAUAUAUCAUUAUCGCGUACAUCACGAAAGAGAGUACUUUACUAAUGAUUAAUUCAAAAAGUUUCUUUUUUUUUUCUAGUGGUGUAAAGGCACAGGAUUUUCAAAGUAAAACUAGAUCGGUGUCGUCGCACAGAUGGCUGAAUUACUGCCAUUUGACCUUAAAACUAUUCGCAAGUACAUACAGUAGUAUGUCCUUAUAACUCCGCAUACGAAGAAACGUAGAGAUAUAAAAUUCGUCGAAGUUCACAUUAUGUGGCGCACGAUGAUGAAAUAAUUAUCAUAAUUUUAAUACAUAUCUUAAUAAAGUGUAACGGGGAAACUCCGAGUGUCGUGCAUUAUGUGUGUGAUUAUACCUUAACAGUAAAAUAAUACAAUUUACACAAUACUCACGAUACAUACGGAUGCGAGAGUGAGCAGAGAUGAUGUGAUCUUGGAGAAUCUAGUUUUUAUUAUCAAAAUUACUGUGCCAAAUACACGAAAGGGAGGAAAAUAUUUCUCGUGUUCCUUUUUCUUUCUCGUUUUCUUUAUUCUUGUUGCAACGUGAUGCGUGUCAUUUAUUCGUGAGAGACGGUUUGUGAAGAAGCGCGCUUUAAGUAAUGAAUGUUUAGCUGAAUGUGAAUGAUUACACAGGCGAAACGUUAAGUGAAAAAGGAAAAAAAAUUUUAUCACAUGUAAAUGAAACGCGAAAACAGAAUAAUUUACAGGUCGACCCAUAUUGGGGAUUAAAUUAGUGUCGUAUACAUUGUUACUAUGUAUAAUGGUAGUAAGUAGGUAACAAUAAUGAAUUAUUUAUGGACAGGACAAUGCCGAAUUUAAUCAUAACAUAAGCGCAUUGCUUGAAAUGUACCUAUACGUGUAUCUCCUUGUAAAAUAUCAGCAUUAUUACUCUUGAUUAGGCAUUACCAAUUACAGUAAGCAUAUUUUUUA